UUCAGCCCAUUCUUUUUGCCAUCGGGAGCCAUGGUGUCUUCGAAAACGGCGGCGACGACAGCCUCACGCGCCAAGAAGCCGAAGGAGCAGCGGCUAAGCAAAGCCGACCGGUCUUCAUACUUCGCUAGAAGGGAAGCCGCGAAGGUCCUGCAGUGCGUUCUCCAAGGAGACGCUAAGCGGCGAGCCGUCGGCUCCAUCAAAUCGCUGGUCUAUAGCCCCUCGGUGAGGAACAAGAAGGCCACCUUCGCGCUCGUCUGUCAAACUCUGAAGCAUCUUUCAAUUAUCAAGGAUGUUUUGGACUCUGCUAGGAUUCUAAAUGCCAAGUGGAAGAGGCAAGAGGGAUUGAUGUAUAUAAUCACUUACGAUAUUCUAUUUGGGCAGGAAAUUUCAUCAGUUGGUGAUGCAGAGAAAUUUCUACUGCUUCAGAAAGAUGCUAUACAGUUAGCUCUAGCACGGCUUUUGGUGCGAAAGAAGGUGAAACGUGUUGAAGACUUGAUGGCUCUUUAUCAAAUUCCUGAUGUUUCAAAACCUCGUUUUGUUCGUGUAAAUACUCUGAAGUUGGAUGUUGAGUCUGCCUUCCACGAGUUAGGGAAACAGAACAUGGUUCAGAAAGAUGAUAUGGUUCCUGACUUGUUAAUACUCCCACCAGGUAGUGAUUUGCAUAAUCAUCCUCUGGUCAGAAAUGGUAGUGUUUUCAUGCAAGGGAAAGCAAGCUCAAUGGUGGCGGUAGCACUUGGGCCAGAGCCUGGAUGGGAGGUUCUUGAUGCAUGUUCAGCUCCAGGAAACAAGACCGUGCACCUUGCUGCACUUAUGAAUGGAAAGGGAAAGAUUAUAGCAUGUGAACUGGAUAAUGAAAGGGUUAAACGUUUAGAGGACACUGUCCGACUUUCUGGGGCUGCUAACAUAGAAGUUUUGCACGGGGACUUUUUAAACCUAAAUCCGAUGGAUCCAUCAUACUCAAAGGUUCGUGCUAUUCUCUUAGAUCCUUCCUGCUCUGGAUCUGGAACCACUGCCGAGAGAUUAGAUCAUCUGCUCCCGUCAUAUGCUGCAGGCGAUGCCACAGAUGUUGCUGGCACAGAAAGGCUAAACAAGCUUGCUGCUUUUCAAAAGAAGGCUUUGGAACAUGCAUUAUCUUUUCCAGCAGUCGAGAAAGUUGUCUACAGCACAUGCUCCAUCCAUCAAAUUGAAAAUGAAGACGUAAUCAAAUCUGUCCUACCCCUUGCUGCAUCACAUGGUUUUCAACUCGCAACACCAUUCCCUCAGUGGCCUCGGCGUGGCCUCCCUGUUUUUGAAGGCUCUGAACAUCUGCUUCGAACCCAUCCAGUUGAGGACAAAGAGGGCUUCUUCAUUGCUCUGUUUGUCAGAAAGAGCAUUGCCAGAAGCUUGGAACAGCCAAUCAAAACCCGUAAGAACAACAAGGUGAAAUCUGCCAAAAGAAAUGCAACCAUGAACCAUAAUAAAUCUGUGAUGCCUUUUCCUUUCACUAGACUGUCCAAAUUGUUGCUACAUUCUCAUCUGAGAUUACAGACUUACAAGAAACUAAAUCUGUCUACUUGAAAUACUCCCAAGACUAUAAAAUACUUUUCUUUUGCCUAUUAGACUCUUAUGUAACCCCAAAAGUUCAAAAUUCUUAAGGAAAUGUCCUUGAUCUCUUUGUUUUCCUGUUAUUGCUUCAAAUCCCUGUAAGUAUGCUCUUAUUUUGCUUGGAAUUGCUUAGGUAGGAAAACAACUUAUGAACUUACUUAUAAUAUAAGUAGAGGUACUCCAUUGAUAGGAUGCUCAAAACUACAUACUGAUAAAGAAAGCCUGAGCUUCAUCACUAGAAACCACACACACAACCAUGGUCCAUACUUAAACCUAUUAUCCACCACAUUUUUUACCAUAAAAUCCACCAAAACCCCAAGGAUCUUAGGCGAUCUUCACCUCAAUGGUCUUGGGUUUCUUGGGCUCCGGCGGAGGCAACUUCUCCACUGUGACGGUCAACACCCCAUCCUGACAAAUCGCGGAGAUCUUGUCAGUAUUGGCAUUCUCAGGCAACACAAACUUCCUCAUAAACUUCCCCACCCUUCUCUCCAUUUUUACAUACUUGGCGCCUUCCUUCUCCUCCUCGCGCUUCCUCUCUCCGCUGAUCACCAGCACAUUGUCGUCCUCCACCUGCACCUUGAUGUCGCCGGACUUCAGCCCCGGCAUGUCGAUGAUGAAGGCGUAGGAAUUGGGGUACUCCUUGACGUCCGCCGGCGUCGCAGCCAUGGCCUUAGCAUCGCGGACGUAGGUGCGAGUGGGGGCGCUGACGGACUUGUCGGAGUCGUCGGCGGCGUCGAGCAUGUGUUGGAGGGCUGAGAAGAGUGGAGAGUCGAGGCCAAUCAUUCUCAAAUCCAUGUUGGGUUUCAGAGAUUCGUUGGUGUGAGACUAUGAACAACUACAACUGCUGAAUCGGAAACGCUUGAAUGUU